AUGGAGAAGGACUUGCGUUUGCGCCUCGUGGUUCGACGCCACGGCGUGCCCGACGUUAAGCUUCUCUGGAACGUCACCGCCAACGACGAUUUGACGAUUUCGAAGCUCGUCACCCAGGUUAACGAGGUCAUUCCCCUCGAGGGCGGCGAAUGGGGCCUGGAGGAUUACGCCGUCGAGCUUAAGGAUGCCUCCGGCGACGGCUUUGAAUGCGUCCACUACCACCUUGUAUCGAAGGUUCUCAAGGAUGACGAUCAAAUCCUCAUCCGGCCUCUCCUGACUGGCGACCUGAAGAGACGACGACUGAGCGGCCGACAUCAGAUUUCCGCCGACGGAAAGCACCUCGUUGAUGGCCUCGCCUUUGGGCGCCCCUGGCUCAGGGCUCCCCGAGACCGCCCUGCUGUCACUCUUCCACCCAGAAAGAAAGCCCGCAUCACGUACACUGGCGAAGACGAAGAAGAUUCUCCGUCCGAAGCUGAGGUAGAGCGGCCGAUGCUGGAGUACGAAUCCACGAGAGCACAAGAAGAUCCCUCGAGUGUCCAAUUACGCACACGUUUUUACGACGCAGAUCUAGACAGUAAUUCCGAGGAGGACGAGGAAGACUUUGAGCCCGCCGCCGCCGAUGACGAUGACGAGUGCAUGGAUUCGGAGAAUGACGACAUCCAAGAUGAGCUACGUAUGCUCCGCGAAGACAAUGCCGCCGUUAGAGAAGGCGACAUUCUCGAAGAGCUGCGUAACAUCAGAGACAGGAGAGCAUCAACUAAAACCGCCAGCAGCAGCCGCCCAUUGGAGACGUCCGAUGACUCACCAGUGCCGUCAGCAAGCAAUGCGUUGGUUAGAUCUGGAGGGAAGUCGAGCAGGUUCCAGCUCAACUUGGACACGCUGGACAAGAUUGCAGCUCUGAGAUCUGCGUUUCCCAGCGCUCAGGUCUCCACAAUCGAAAAUACACUGUUGAGAUGCGGCACAAAUCCCGCAAGAGCGUGGCGCAAACUGCACAAGACUUUCGAACCCCGCCUCAGCCUCCAGCAGACGUUGGACCAUCAGGCGAGGAGCCUAUCUAGUAGUCCUAUCCGAAACGCGAACUCCAGCACGGGACGUGAGCUCGUUCUCAGGGAAUCGUCUCCACUUGAACGAGCUUCGGAUGCCAUAUCCCAGGAUUACGAUGAAGAGGACGAGAACGACGAAGAUGGGAGCGACGAAGCCUCAGAGACCUUGAAUCAUAAUGCUCACACUGAUCAAGGUUCAACUGGCAUUGACGAAAGUUCAGCCUCGGACUCUGUUUUAAGUUCUGAGGGCGCAAUAUCUGAUUCUGAUCAGGAGAUGGGCAGUGCUUCUGACAAAGAUUCAGAGGCAUCAUCUUCCGAUGAUGAAUCCGACAAUGAAUCAAGCGAGGCGGAAGGUAGUGGGCCUGUAAUAUCCGAAGCCAACUCCGACUCAGUCGACGAGGAAGCCUCGAGCUCAGAUGACGACUCAAGCUCGGGCAGCUCUACCAGCGACGGGUCAAGUGUAGCAUCUACAAAAGAACGCUUGUCAGCAAGACAAGCUGCCAUCGUCGAGGUCUCAUCGGACUCGUCUUCCGACUCGUCUUCAGACGACAGCAGCAGCGAAGAUUCUAGCUCGGAUUCAGAACCCGAAGAACUUCCCAGCAAGACUCUUUCUAGCCAACGAAUUCUUUUCGACGUGGUCAAACACAACGAGUCUACGAAGCUGCCCCAGGCCGCACCGGUCGCUGCAGCUCAACCUAAACAACAGCAGCCCGAUGUGCCUCCCGGUCAGGGGCUGAGCAAGACGCAAAAGAGGAAUGCCAGGCGCAAACUUGCCAAGAAAUUGGCCGUCCAAAAGAGAUCUCCAUCAGCUCAGAACAGCGAAGGACCAUCCUCAGCCGAAGCAUCGGGAAUUUCUGAGGAGCAGGCAGCAUUCCUAGCAAGGAAGCAAGCCCUCCUCAACGCUAUUACGUCUGAUGGCGCUGCUAGUAAAGAGGAUUCACCUGAGAUACCCGACUCAGCGCCUCAAGAGGUCGAAGCAACCAACACCGGUCUCGCCAUGAUGGAGACUUUACAGAGUUCUGCUGCGCGAGAAGCUGCCUCUCAGCGGCGCACGAAGCCUAAUGUUGGAGCUGCGCGCCGAAUGCUCAUGGGAUCUUUGGGUCUGAAGAACCCUAAAACAAAGGCCGACGAAGACAAGAUUCGUCAAGACCUGAUGAAAGGUGUUAGACCUCACACCAACGCUCGUCUGUUGGAAGGCGCUUCGCAGCCUGACGAAUCCGAACAGACUCAAGAAUCGGUAGAGGAAGAUCCCGAAGCCUGGCGCGAGAAAAUCGCUUACAGAGCCGUAGAAUGCUGCCACGAAGGAGUCGAGCUGUCGGAACCGCCAUUCCCUUUUGUCCAGCGGUGGGACCCCCAACAGCAGGUGGAAGAAUGGUUCGGUUCGAAGAAUAAGCGCGGGGGCAAGCGUAAGCGCGUACAGCGCGAUCAAGCUCAAUAUUACGAGGGCGGUGACUCUCAAUCGUCGAAGAAGCGUCGCGUAACCGACGACAGCUUCGGUGUAACCUUCUCUGAUGCGGUUGAGUCUGCUCAAGAAGGAGACACGACACUUAACUACGAUGAUCCAUCUGACGAUCCAUCGGCGGCCAAGAUUAAAGCUGGAGAAAGCCAGGCAACGGACGUUGAUGACCUUCCUUCACUUCCAACCGAUCUGUCCACUCUUCCGGACCUUCGCCCAGGAGAAGCAAAACUCGGCAUGGUCAUCACUUGGAAGCAAUUGGCAUUGUCGUCUCAAACCAAUUGGCAACCCCAAGUAGUGAGUCUGACUGGUGUUCUCGUCAGAAUUCAUGAUGAGGAUGCGACCGAUCUUGAAUUCAUAUUGGCUCACCGAGAUCGAGGCGUUGAUCGAACAGAGAAGACGUACGACGAAGAGACAGGAGAGAGAGUAUACGAUCGCUUCGAAGCCCCCGAUGACGACGAAGAAGACGAAGAUGCAGACAACGGACUCGAAGAUGGACAUCGACGAGUAAAUUACAUGGAGCUGAUUGAGCCAAAGGUCGUGCAACUUCCCUUGGAUGAUGACACAAAAGAGGGUGAAAAUGAGAAAUCAAAUGUCUCGCAGGGCGAAAGUGGCCCCACAGACAGCGUCAUUCAUGAAACUAUUUACGAUGGCCAAAGCCAGCCAUCUGAGGCCAACGGAGAAAAUGCCGGUCAGUCUGAGGUGGGUGAAGAUGGAAGUCAGUCACAAGUCGAUGCAACGAAAAGUCGAGCCAAGGCUAAUACGGAUGAACAACAGCCUCAAGUCGCUACGGGCAGUAAACCCCGUCUUGGUGCUUCGUUGGGCGGCAAUCAGCCUAGUCACAAACCCAGUGCACACUCCGACGGCGAUGAGGACGACAUGGAUGAAAGCGAUGUGCAUACCCCUCGAGCCAAACGCCGGUUACAAGACGAUAACACGGUGCCGACAACAGAAGACGCAGACUCCCAGAACUCAAAUGGCAAUGCCCUCUCUAUCUCAUCGGAUCGCCGUCACGAGAUCAGUAUCAUGAUUGAAGAAGCAGGCUUUCGCAAGGAUGUGUCGCCAUCAGUCAUCCAACGCAAAACGAGCAGCCCUUCACGCCAAUUACUAGAGAUGCUGAAAGCUGCCAAUACCCCCCGCGCCAAAUCGAAGUCCCCGCUCUCCCAAGAGAGUAUUGUGAAGAACGCUACGCCAGUGCCGGAUAACUGUGGGGAUGCGGCUAUCGGGGCCACUGAUGACGGGGGUCUCCCGCCACCUUCCUCCGUGAGUAGCAUUCACAGUGGUCGGCAACUUGACCCGGAUGGCUUCAGCUUCAAUAUGGUGGGCGACGACCUGCCGCAAAUCAGCAAUACUGGCCACGGUUCUCCUUCCGUUGAAGCCUCAACGCCGAGGGCUCAGGUCCACACGCCAACUAGAGAGGAGGACACGUCUGAGCCAAACUCGGCCGAGAAGUCUUCUCUUCCGUCGCUAGAAAGCCUAUUCAAGACAGCCUCGCAAAGGAAUUCGCAGAAGAACACCCAGAGCUCAUCCAAGUCCCAGGUAUUGUCGGCAAUCGAAUCACCCAAGUCCAUCGUACCCCUUGAUGAACAAUACGAAGCCGCAAUUCGUCGAAUCGACGAGGCAGAUGAAGACGAAGAGAAUGAGGAAGAGGACGAGGAGUCGCCUCCGGAACUUAGAAAGACUCGAAAGCGAUUGUUCUCUAACUCGAGCCAGCCAGAGGGGCAAUCUCUCUUUGACUCAUCAGAUUUGCCGGAUCUGAGGCUCAAUACCAAGUCAGCGCCCUCAUCUUUUAUCGAGACGGAGGAAACCAAACCCCGUCUGCUGCGUGAGCGGGUUCGGGCGGGUUCUCCAUUUGUGGUUCCUCCCGGAUCGCAGGUCGUCACUUUAUCCUCAAGUCCGCCUAGCUCGCCACUUGAAGAGAACUCUCCGGAAGACAACGUUGAUAUGAACUACGAUGACGACAACAGCAGUAGCCUCCCACAUGGAUCCGGCUGGGUGCAGAAGAACAAGCCAUCCAAGGUCAAUCCGCGAGCCAAGAGUGUACCGGCAACAGGAACCACAGCCAGGUCAGCGACUACAGGGAGAUCCAUUCCUCCAAGCUCGAUACCCGCAAGAUCCGGUACGAAGGGAAAGGGGCCACGCAAGUCAUCAACAAAUUUCUAG